AUGAAUCGUUUUCAGUUUGCCGACUCGGAUGGGUCGGCCUCCGACUUCGACGAUGAUUCCUCCAGCUUGCCCUUCCCCGAGCCUCUCUCCCGCACUUCCUUCCUCGCCCCGGACUUUGACCCGGCCGUCUUUUUGUCCUCUUUGACGAAUCGCCACCAAAGCCUUGAAGAUUUGCGUCAAGAAUUGCGAGGAUUGGAGCAAUUGUUGAACAAAGAGCUGUUGGACUUGGUCAACGAGAACUAUCAGGACUUCCUCUCGCUAGGCACCGCUCUCCGCGGAGGUGAAGAGAAAAUUGAAAGUGUCAAAGUGAGCCUUCUGUCCUUCCAGCGAGAUGUGCAAUCAAUUCGGGAUAAGAUCGAGGCUCGCCGUCGAGAAGUCGAGGGGCUCUUGAAUGAGAAGCGACAGUUGCGAACGCACUCGGACAUCGGCAAAGAUCUAUUGGACUAUGCAGAGCGAGUCGACGAACUGGAACAUCGACUGAUGAUCGGGAACAACUCGGCCCCACAAAAGGAUACUUCCGGGGCUGAUCAAUCCGAUUCCGAGUCCGAUCUCUAUGACAGUGAUAGCCAUGAUAGUGAGGACGAAGAGUUGGAAGAUGACGCAGCACCGGUCUCCUUGAAGCGACUCGAACGUCAUGUCCAAAAAUUUGUGUUUCUCACUUCCAUUGCCGAGCGAGUGGGUGAAAAUCAUCCCUUCCUAGUUGCUCAGCAGCCACGCUUGUCGAGGGUCAAGUCCACGGUUCUGUUAGACUUGAAGACUGCCCUGGAGCAGGAUGGGCGGGCGGGCAACAAGCGUGAUAUCAGAACGAUGGCCAUCUUGCGCCUCUAUAACUUGAUGGGGGAGGAUGUGAGUGCCGUUGCCGCUCUCAAGAAUCUCAAGAUAUAG